AGGUCCCUGAAAGCAGACAAUGUCAGGAUGAUUGUGUUGUGGAUUACACUGCUUGUUCUUCAUCAAGGACAUACACUCAUUCCAGUGAUCACAGUUCAAACUGGUGAAUCUACAACCUUAACAUGUGAUCUGCGUAAAAAUGAUAUCAGCAGACUAGAAGUCCACUGGUUCAAGCAGAGUGUUGGAGAUAAUCUGAAACUAAUUGUGACUCUUCGGAAACAGACAACACCUCAAUUUGCACCAGAGUUUUUGAGCGCAAGAUGGAAAGUUAAUAGUGAUGACAAUUUUCCCAACCUGACUAUUUUGAGAACAAUCCAAGGGGACGAGGGAAUCUAUCACUGUGCUUUCAUUACAUUGUAUGGCACAACAUCUGAAUGGAUUGGGACAUAUUUGAUAGUAAAAGGAGACAGUCAGAAGACAUCAGACUACACUGUUGUUCAGCAGUCCACAGCAUCACAUUCAGUCCAUCCAGGAGAAUCACAGACUCUCCACUGUUCAGUCUUCUCUGACUCUGAGAACAAAACAUGUUCAGGAGAUCUGAGUGUGUUCUGGUUCAGACCUGGAUCAGAUAAAUCUCAUCCAGACAUCAUCUACACUGAUGGAAACAGACCUGAUGAAUGUGAGAAGAGAUCUGACACUCAGAAGAGCUGUGUUUAUCACUCCUCUAAGACCUUCAGCUCCUCUGAUGCUGGGACUUACUACUGUGCUGUGGCCACAUGUGGACAGAUACUGUUUGGAAAUGGAACUACUCUGACCAAUGACGCUUGUUCACAAACUGCACAAUCUGAAAUGAUUGGUCUGGUGACAGCAAUAACCUGCUUGGCCAUUUCUGUGAUUGUGAAUAUCGUUUUAAUCUGUUACCGAACACAAAGAGCAGCACAGGAACAAUUCACAGGAAUUGAAUUCACCUCAUCACAAGCAAGACAUGACAAUUUGAGACAAUCAGUGGUUGAUACUACUGAAGGUGGACAUGAUCUGAACUACGCUGCGCUGCAUUUCUCUGGAAGGAAAGCUGCACGAGGAAAGAAGAAGACGGAGGUGAAGACUGAGGAAAGUGUAUAUUCUCAAGUUAAACUUCAAAUGUGAACGCGUCUAUGAAAAACUUCAAUCUGUUUUUCGAUAAAAGACUGAAUCUUGAUCCCAUCAGUGUGCUGAAGCUUUACUGGUGAAAUGGACUUAGAGAUGUUGACAAAGCAACCUAUUGGUUGACUGUGUUCCCUGAGAUGUUUACUUCCAGUAGUUUCUCAGUGUCAACUGUGAGGAAAACUACAUCUCUGAAGAAGAGGAUUUGUGUUCUUCACCGUGACCUUCUGAUCUCCCCACCUAACACACAGAACUUGCAAUGCAGGAAUGAACUGAACAGUUUCAGUCAGAACAUUAAGGAAAUGCAGCAUCACUGGAGUGAUGAUCUGAACUCAGUCUCUGAUGCCAGGUUUAGUCGGACCAGUAUGGAAGAAGAACAAAUCGAAUCUGAAGUGUUUGUGGAAGAUGCACACAUGAGACACAAACACCCACCUUCUCUCUGUCGCAGACCACAGCCAUAAAAUCAGAGAGACUUUUUAUUCUAAGCAUAUAUACUCCCUCGGUUUUAUUUUUAUUAUUGAAUGUAUGUACUUGUAUGUUUAGAUAUAUUAUAAAUAUAUUUUCAUGUA